AUAAGAUAAGAAGUGCUAGUAUCUGUUCGUUUGAAAUAUUCAUUCCUUUAGUGAGGAAAUCUCGCUUAUAUUCUUUCCAGUCAUGCGAAACUAAAUAAAAUUUAAUAUGAUGUAUGUAAACGAGAAAAAAUCGUGACAAUGGGCCGACCUACUUCAAGGCUAAGUGACAAUUUGAAUGAAAAUUGGAAAACACCCUAUUUAGAAGUAAUUUCAGUCGGAGUAGUACAGUUUCUCUUAUCGCUACAGAUACUUUGUUAUGGCGUGUUUAUAAUGCAAUUUAUUUCGGAAGACUUAUACAAUCUAAAAACCGGAUUAUGGACAGCUAUUAUUUUCGUCAGUGUUUCAAAGAUUACAAAUUCCUGGACAAAAUCUUAUUGUAAACAUUUGGACAAUAUUAGGCACAAAAUACACAAACGUAACAUUAUUGUUGCAACUUUUUUUUUAUUUAUUGAACUUGUUACAAGUUCAUUUAUUAACACGAAAACUGCCCAGAUCGUUCUAUAUGGAUUGUGUGGAGGUAUACUUUCAAGCAUUAUUCACGUCCAUUGUAAAUAUGCAACUUCUCAAGCGUUUGAAAAUCGACCAAAACUUUUUGACAUGACUGAUCAAUUGGUCAAAGCUUUUAGUUUGAUUUUCAUGCCCCAUUUCGUUCUGUUUUUGUCAAAUUUAUACAAGACAAAACACUGCCUGUUGAUUUUAGGUGCCCUUAUGCUUAAUAUUAUCCCAAUAUGUCUCCUCAUUAGAAAAACGCAACACAAAAAAUCUCCACUUUGCAAGUUUAAAACUCUCGAAAGGUUAUCAAUUGAAAUGGAAGAUUUGAACCAUAAGCCCCCUAUUAUCACAGAACCGUCAUCAUCGUCGUCAUCCAGUGAUGAAGAUGAAGAAAAAGUAGAAGAAUAUGAGGUUACGAUAACUGAACCAACGCCUCCAAAUAACAUUCAAAAAUAUUUCCAAAAUGUUGGUGUUAAGAUUUUGCCAAAUAUACCAGAAGAAAACGAAUUGGAAGAAGAAGAGGACAUUAAUGAAAUCACCAGUAAAAGGUUGAGCAGGAUUAGUGCUAUUUUACAAGAAUUGAACGAAAAUAAUCGCAAAAGUGUCAACUUGAGUGUGAUUAAUUUGUAUCAACCGGAUGAAAUUGUUGAAAGUGUUGAGCAUGAAGAUGAGGAAUUAAGUGAACCUCGUCCAAAAAAAUCCAGAUGUUUUAGUAUUACUUCCAGUGUUUUGUUUGAAUUAGAGGCAAAGAAAACUAAACUGAAAUCAUUUUUUUACGAAUAUUUUAUUAAACCUGUGCCCAGGACAUUGAGAAGUUUUUAUUUUUAUCCGGCAGUUUUAUCGAAUGUUAUUACUACGCUACUAUCAACAGUUGUUAUUGUAACAGCCCCGUAUAUGAUGUGUCUAAAAAACAAUCAUGGAAACCACACAGAAGCCACAUUUAUUUUGACAAUAAUUGGAUUUUCGUGGCUUUUUUUUCUAGCCGGACACCCAGUUUUUAGUAAACUUUCACCACUGAAAACCCAAAUUUUGUUCCUUAUUGGACUUUCAGUCUCAGGAUUCAGUUUAUUUAUUGUUCAUAAAUUUAGUUACGAUAAUUUUACGUUAUUUUCUCUGACUUUUGGAAUAGGUCAUGGAAUAAUCACUUACACGGAAAACAAAAAUUGUGAGAAUUUUUUUGGACAAACAAAUUGGAAGAAAUUGCAAGGGGCGCUCGAAAUUUGUACUGGAUUUAUUGUGAUAUUAGUUUACGUAAUUAUUUAUUUUUCUAAUUUAGAAAUUGAUGUUUUCUUGUCUUAUGCUUAUUGGGUUUAUGUUUUUAACGUGUCUCUGUGGAUUGUGUCGUAUAUUUUGAAAAAAAUUGUGUUUAAUAUCAAACAUGUGCGAAGUUAUAACUGCCAACGGUAUUCCGAUUUUAAUUUUUAAAUUUCAUUGUUGAAUAAAUAUCGUUUUACUCGUU